AUGGGGCUUUCCACGGUUUCCACGGUUUCUACGGUUUCUACGGUUGAGGGAGGAUCGAUGGGUGCUGAGAGUGGAAACGGAGAAACGGAGGGGGAUGAGAAAAGAAGGGAGCUGGAAGCCAAUUCAAAAUCCAAAUCAACCGGAAAAUCGAAAUCGAAAUCGAAAGCAAAAACAAAAGCGAAGAAGAUAAUGACGAUUACGAGCGAUCUCUCGGUUCUGAACGUGUCCAAACUGUUCGGAAUCCCCGUAAAGGAAUGCAUUGAGCGUUUGAAAGAGUACGAGCCGGACAGCGACUCGCCUCUUCAUUCCAAAGAUGAUUUGGUCUCCACGGACGCCAUCGAGCUCCUCGCCAUGGAUCUGGACAUCGAAGUCCAGGUCAACAAUCGAUUCAAUCUCCAGCCCACCAAUAUGGAGACGUCUCCUCCCGAUCUCCCUUCUCGACCGCCCGUAAUCGCGGUUAUGGGGCAUGUGGACCACGGAAAAACGACUCUUUUGGAUCGUCUGCGGCAGUCCUCCGUGGCGGCACACGAAGCAGGCGGCAUCACACAAGCGAUCUCAGCGUUUAACGUGAAGCUGAGCAGCGACAACGUCAUUACGUUCAUCGAUACUCCGGGCCACGCAGCGUUCACAGCCAUGCGAAAACGCGGAGCCACUGCGACGGACAUCGUGCUGCUGAUCGUAGCAGGAGACGAUGGCGUGAAGGAGCAGACCGUGGAGUGUUUGAAGCUCAUUCACGACACAAAACUCCCGGUUGUGGUGGCGGUGACGAAGUGUGGAAAGAAAAAUGUCGACAAAGACAAGGCGGUUCAUCGCGUGGCCACGCAGCUGCUCGAUUACGAUUUGAUCACCACGCCGUUCGGAGGCGAAGUGAACAUUAUCGGCAUCGACAGCAUCACCGGCGACGGCAUCGAAGACCUCAAAAACCUUCUCUACGAAGAAGGCGUCAUGCACGAAAUCCGCGCCGAUCCCAAAGCUCCAGGCGAAGGCGUCGUUCUCGAAAGCUCCGUCCGAUCGGGCAUCGGAACCAAUCUCUCCGCGGUGAUUCGCUGGGGACAGUUCCACGUGGGCAGCGUGUGCGUCAUCGGCGAGAAGUUCGGAAAGAUCAAGCAGAUUCUCCGCGACGGGAAGCCCGUCCGCGAAGGCAGGCCCGGAGAUACCGUGGAAAUCCGCGGGAUUGAGUGCUCUGCGGGCAGCGGAGAGUGGAUCAUGGAGGUCAAGAACGAAUGGGAGGCGAACAACGUCGUGCAUUACCGCAAACGCCACGCAGCGUUCCUCGAAUCCAUUCAACAGCGUCGUUUAGGCCUCGAUUCGCUUCUCUCCGACGCGCAAUCCAUCGCUUCCAACGCUUCCAUUCUCUCUUCUUCCGCGAUUUCAACCGACGCUUCCGCUUCGAAACUCAUCCGAAUCCCGCUCGUUAUCAAAGCCGACGUCGAUGGGUCCGUCCAGGCCAUCCAGCAGCAGAUCGAAGGGCUCAACGCCGAUCUCCAAAACGCGCAGUUCGAAAUCGUCACCGCGAAUGUCGGCGAUGUCAGCCAGGGAGACGUGGAAACCACACGCGACUGCAAAGGAAUACUAUUACUCUUCAACGCCAAGCUCAAUCGUCGGUUUUUUCUAAAAAGAUUUCAACGUAGAUUCCAUGCAGAAGCUCGUGCAGAGUCUCAAAAUCGCCACGGUUUCUGA